AUGGCGGGUCCCGGCGCGGCCCCGCGCCUGGCUUGGGCCCUCGCCGCUCUAGCGGCUUUAGUCGCCGUGAAAUAUUAUCGGGACGCUGAAGUGGCCCGGCAGCAGGAGCUGGCUCUGAAGUCUUUGGGAAGUGAGGGGCUGUUCCUCUUCUCUUCUCUGGACACAAACAACGAUCUAUACCUCAGUCCAGAGGAGUUCAAGCCAAUAGCUGAGAAGCUGACAGGGGUUGCUCCCAUCUCAGAGUUUGAAGAGGAGGAGACGCCUGAUCCGAGUGGGGAGACCUUGUCCAUUGUGGCUCAAUUCCAGCCUUUGGUCAUGGAAACAAUGACGAAGAGCAAAGAUGGUUUCUUGGGAAUUUCUCAUGUUGCUCUGGCUGGGCUGAGGAACUGGACUGCCCCUGCAACCCCUAAGAGUGUGAUGCUUGCCAGGCAGUUUAAAGCCUUUCUUCCUCCAAAGAAUAAACUGGAUCUUGGGGAUCCGUGGUGGAUAAUUCCUAGUGAAUUGAACAUCUUCACUGGGUAUCUUUCCAACAACAGAUUUUAUCCUCCACCUCCGAAGGGCAAAGAGAUCAUAAUCCACAAGCUUCUGAGCAUGUUCCACCCACGCCCCUUUGUCAGGACACGCUUUGCUCCCCAGGGAGCUGUGGCCUGCAUCCAAGCCAUCAGCACCUUCUACUACACCAUAGCCUUCAGGAUCCAUGCUGAGUUCCAGCUGAAUGAGCCACCAGACUUUCCCUUCUGGUUUUCCCCAGGCCAGUUCACAGGUCACAUCAUCCUCUCCAAGGACUCUUCCCAUGUCCGAGAGUUUAAGCUCUAUGUCCCUAACAACAGAUCCCUGAACGUGGACAUGGAGUGGCUGUACGGGGCGAGUGAAAGCAGCAACAUGGAAGUGGACAUUGGUUACCUGCCUCAGAUGGAGUUGGAAUCGACAGGGCCUUCGAUCCCCUCUGUGAUCCAUGAUGAAAACGGGAAUGUGAUUGACAGCAGGGAUCCCUCAGGGGAACCCAUUCAGUUUGUGUUUGAAGAGAUAACCUGGCAGCAGGAAAUUCCCUGGGAAGAGGCAGCCCAGAAGCUGGAAGUGGCCAUGUAUCCAUUUAAGAAGGUCUCCUAUCUUCCCUUCACUCAAGCUUUUGAGAGAGCAAAAGCAGAAAAGAAGCUGGUGCACUCGAUCCUGCUGUGGGGUGCCCUGGAUGACCAGUCCUGCUGAGGUUCAGGGCGAACUCUCCGGGAGACCGUCCUCAGCUCUUUGGUCCCUCCCUUUCUCCUGCCUUCAGUGUUUUGCUAGUUUUGGUGUGUGCAAACCUGUUCCUUUGGGGCCUCCUUACAGACCAACAGAGAGAAUGAGUUCUACAGCAAGCUGGCUGACCUGCACCUGGAGAAAUACAACUUUCCUGUGGAGAUGAUCAUCUGCCUCCCCAACGGCACAGUGGUUCACCAUAUCAAUGCCAACUACUUCCUGGAUAUUACUUCUAUGAAGCCUGAAGAUGUUGAAAAUAGCAUCUUUAGUUUCUCAUCCAAUUUUGAAGACCCUUCUACUGCAACUUACCUCCAGUUCUUGAAGGAAGGACUGCAAAGAGCAAAACCAUACCUGCAGACCUAA